AUGUCUCUCCGAAACAUCCUCCUCUUGGCCCUCGCCGCUACUGCCCUUGCGUCCCCGGCUUCCAAGAGCGGCAGCCCCAAGGGAAGCAAGAAGGCGAAGCACACGGCGUCCAAGACCGCGCCCCAUGUGCCCAUCUCAACGGGCCACUCUGGGACUGGAUCUGGGUCGGGGGCCGCGAACAACGGGACGACCUCGGGCGGUGGAGGCCUGAAGACUACGUUUCCCACCCCCAAGGGCUCGCAGAACAUCGCCGCUGUCAAGACUAUUGCGGCAGGCCAGUCGUUCGACGGCGGGAUGCAGCUCUGGGACCGGAGCCCGAGCACGUGCAAGGGGCAGACAGAGGGCGGGAACAAGGAUGCUGUGUUCAUUCUCGAGGAGGGGGCUACGAUUAGCAAUGUUGUGAUUGGGCCUAAUAACGGCGAGGGCAUCCAUUGCCUUGGUAGCUGCACCAUCAACAACGUCUGGUUCCAAGACGUCUGCGAAGAUGCAAUCACAUUCAAGCAGACCUCGGGCACCUCCUUCGUCAACGGCGGCGGCGCGCAGAACGCCGAGGACAAGGUGCUGCAGCACAACGGCGGGGGCACGGUCGCGGUCAAGGACUUCUACUGCAAGGGCUGCAGCAAGAUGUACCGCAGCUGCGGCAACUGCAAGUCGCAGACGGCGCGGCACGCGACGUUCGAGAACGUGCGGCUCGACGGCGGGAAAGUGCUGGCCGCGGUCAACGGCAACUUGGGCGACGGGGUGGACAUCAAGAACUCGUGCGUGCUGGGCGGCGCGGAGGUGUGCGAGAUGUUCGAGGGGAAUAGUAGUGGCGCGGAGCCGAAGUUGACGGGCAAGGGGCCUGAUGGGAAGGUUUGCGUUGCGGAGGGUGUGAAGACUAGCGGGUGCUAG